UGGGACAGAGAAGUGUUAUCCUCAGCACCUCCUGCUGGUAGGAUCUGGGGAAAAAUUCCCAUUCAUUCCCCAGCUGACAAAUAAAAUACAAAGCUUAUGUUGUGUGCUCUCAGUGUCGCAGCAGAUAUCACUAGUUCACAGUCCACGGAGGUAGGAAAACAAGGAAGUACCAGUCUGAGGCAGUGAUGGCGCUCCGGACGGUUGGGAGUCGUUUGUUGCACUUUCAGAGGAGCAGCUUGAAGACUGUCUCCAUCCAAACACUUGGAGGUGUCAGAUUCAAACGAGCCUGUCCAGUGGAAGUGAGCCAUCUGGAUCAUUUGGUUCUUACAGUAAAAAGUGUGCCAGACACUGUAAACUUUUAUACCUCGGUCCUUGGCAUGGAGGUGAUCACUUUCAAGGGAAACCGUAAGGCCCUGGGUUUUGGCCAGCAGAAGUUCAACCUCCACCAGCUGGGUCAGGAGUUUGAGCCCAAAGCCAAGCGCCCAACCUCAGGCUCUGCAGACCUGUGCCUCAUCACCAAAACCUCCCUUGCUACAGUAGCUGCACAUUUGAAGGAUUGUGGGGUUGAGAUAGAGGAGGGGCCAGUGGAGAGGACUGGAGCUGUGGGGACCAUCACCUCUCUUUACUUCAGAGAUCCGGAUCACAAUCUCAUUGAGGUGUCGAACUAUAACCAGAUUGUGGGGUUGAGAUAGAGGAGGGACCAGUGGAGAGGACUGGAGCUGUGGGGACCAUCACCUCUCUUUACUUCAGAGAUCCGGAUCACAAUCUCAUUGAGGUGUCAAACUAUAACCAGUCAGCAUAAGAGGGAUCUUCCUGAGACUUCUUUGACCUUGUUUUUGAAUGAAUUUGAAUGCAUCCAGUUAGUCUCCUGGUUUGAGACCAAACUGUAGGCUAAUUCAGACAAGUCGUACUAUUUUCAAACAGAGGUAGAUAAAAUUAGUUUGCUGCGCAGAGACAUUGUUUCUGUGUAGUUCUGCUGACCAGUGAUUGCAAUUUUAAUUAUGCAUGGAAAAGACAAUAAUUCAGAAUAAAAAGUGAAAAAUUCAACACCUGUAGAUGUUUAACAGUUUGAACAAGUGCGUACUUCUGGAGUUUUUUUGUACUUUGUCAAGUGAAAGUGAGCAUUAAAGAAUAAUCACUUUUUCAGCUGAAAAUAAAAGAUUUGUUUAGUGUA